AUUUACUUGCAUUUGAAAAUGUCACUCAAAGAUAAAUCAGCUGUUCACAUUUGUUUAGAAAUUGUGGAAGACAAAAAUAUAGGCUAAUUAAUGAAUAAUAUAAAUUAAUUAUAAUUAAUAUUCGUACAAACUACUAAUUUUCUAUUAUACUCUUGAUUUUGAAAUAAUGGAGCAGGAGACUACGGAACCAGCGAAACGUAUUAAAUUGAGUGCAACCUCUGAGUGCUACGCUAACGCGAUACUUACCGAUGAAUAUAUGCAGGAGUUGCCUCGUGCUGUAGUUUACCUGAGUGAAUUAGAAAAUAAACGCCAAAUAUCAUGUGUAAUGCAAGAAUUAAGCAAAAUGCUACCAUUGGAAAAAAUGGGGCUUCAACACUUAAAACGGGUACGACAGCAGGAUAUACUUUUGUGCAAAGUUAUUGAUCUAAGUGGGCAGCCUAUAAGAGAAUACUUGACAACUGUCGGUCUAAGUGAAAAGAUUAUUCAUAUAUUAUGUAAAAAUUUAAGAGAACAAGAAGUACCAUCUACAGCACCACUUCUACGUUGGCAAUAUGAAAAUGCGCAAAAGUAUUGGCCCUGCAAAUUUCAUCCAGACAAAUAUAUAGAAUCACUCCAUAGCGGAAGCAUAUUUAAUGAAAAAGAUCGUACUUUCCAUGCAAAAAUUAUUGAAAUUUUAUUUGAAAUUUUCAGUAAGUUAGAAGCAAACAAACCGUGUGGCAUUUGUAUAGAUCCUCGCAAUAACGCAAUUGUUGCAGCUGCAAGUAGUCGAAUUACAAUCAAUCCAGUAAUGCACUGUCCGAUGGUCUUAGUGGAUUACGUAGCACGAACACAAGGUGGUGGCGCUUGGCAGAAAGAACUUACCCAAGAGUUUGGAAACCUUGAUGGAGAUUCUUAUAAGGAAAUGGAAGAAAACAGCAUAUUAAGUGGCAUACCAACAAGUUAUUUAGAAUUAUUGCGCAACGAUAAACGAUUUACCGAUGUCCAGAUCGGUGCAGAACCAAUAAGGUGUAAAACGACAGUCGAAGAAAUGGUACAAAAUCAGCAAUCUAGUAAUAUGGAUAAUUUAGCAAAGUAUGGUCCAUACUUAUGUACUGGUUAUGAUUUGUAUCUAAGCCAAGAACCAUGUCUAAUGUGCGCUAUGGCGUUGGUACAUAGUCGUGCACGUAGAGUCUACUUCUUAAAUCGUUCAUCUAAUGGUGCGCUCGUGACUCGAUUAAAAUUACAUUCAGUGAAGGAGCUGAAUCACCACUACGAAGUUUUCGAAUGUAAGAAACAUGACUGUUCGAAUAAUACAAAAUGUAGUUGACAAUACAUUGUAUAACAACUUUUUACGGCUAUAAAUGUAUUUAAAAAACAAAUACAGUUUUAAUUAAUUGGUA